CCAGGACACUGCUUGGUAGAGCCAGUUGGAACCAGGACACUGCUUGGUAGAGCCAGUUGGAACCAGGACACUGCUUGGUAGAGCCAGUUGGAACCAGGACACUGCUUGGUAGAGCCAGUUGGAACCAGGACACUGCUUGGUAGAGCCAGUGGGGACCAGGACACUGCUUGGUAGAGCCAGUGGGGACAAGGCGUGCAAGGACCAAGGGACUGACAUGAUGUUUCCACAAUCAAGACACUCAGCUUCAUCGCAGCAGCUGAAAUUCACCACGUCUGACUCGUGCGACAGGAUCAAGGACGAGUUCCAAUUCCUCCAAGCGCAGUACCACAGCCUGAAGCUGGAGUGUGACAAGUUGGCCAGUGAGAAGUCUGAGAUGCAGCGUCAUUACAUCAUGUACUAUGAGAUGUCCUACGGGCUCAACAUUGAGAUGCACAAACAGGCCGAGAUCGUGAAGAGAUUAAACGGGAUCUGCGCACAAGUCCUCCCUUACCUGUCUCAGGAGCAUCAGCAGCAGGUCCUGGCGGCCAUUGAGAGGGCCAAGCAGGUCACCCCCCCAGAGAUGAACUCCAUCAUAAGGCAGCAGCUCCAGGCCCACCAGCUGUCCCAGCUCCAGGGUCUGGCCCUCCCCAUGACCCCGCUGCCUCUGGGCCUGAGCCAGCCCAGCGUCACCACCUCCUCCGGCCUCUUCUCCCUCUCCUCCCUGCUGGCCUCACAAGCACAGCUGGCCAAGGAGGAGAAGGCGUCGCGUGACGGCGCCGACAGCCACCGCGAGGAGGACGGAGACAAGUCCGACUAGGCGCCGUGCGUCCUCCUGUCUCUUUCUCUAACUCCCACAUUGACUUGAAGACACCUCUUCCUGGGAGGACCUUCACCCGCUUCCCUUCCUCCUUUUUGAUACUCACUCUUUUCUCUCCUUUCAAGAUCAAGCUUCAUGUUCUCUCCUCCUCCUCCUCCUCCUCCUCCUCCUCCUCCUCCUCCUCCUCCUCCUCCUCCUCCUCUUCCUCCUCCCACUCAGACAGACUUCCUCACCAAGCAAGUAGGAAACAUCACCAAGCAAACAAACACCUACAAAGUCAUCUAAUCCACAUCUCUGGCAUGGAAACAGCAGUUCAGAACAUUCACUGUUUAUUAUUCUUUGUCAACAUUACACACUUUUAGCUAAACGGUUAUUAAUGAUAAUCACCGCUUUGCAUCAUAAAAACGAGGAGUGUUCUGAUAUUGAUGUAUAUCACUCAGAUAUCUUGGCCCUGCGAUGACGUGGCGACUUGUCCAGGGUGUACCCCGCCUUCCGCCCGAUUGUAGCUGAGAUAGGCUCCAGCGCCCCUGAAGGGAAUAAGCGGUAGAAAAAUGGAUGGAUGGACGGAUCAGUCAGAUAUCGACAAUGUAUCGGAUUAUAUGGGAUCGCAUCUAAAUGUGCGAUACAAGCAGCGUUUUAACGUGUGCAAAGUUAAUAUCUCAAUGUCCUCCAAUAAAAGGUAAACAUGCUCGGCUAUAGGCUACUUGGAGCUAGCAGCUACACGACAGCUAAGCACACAAACUCGACCAGGGGUAUCCAAACUACGUCAUGAGUUUGAUUGGGAAUCUGGUUUCGUGGGGUGACUUCAAAAUAACUUUACAUUUCUAUUAAUCUACCGCCAUCUUGUGGACAGCGUGGUUAAAUCACGUCAAUGACCCGGAUUUGUGCUUUGAAAACAAUUCAGCACAGCGUUUACUUAUAUGACCAAACUCCAGACAACCUUCCCUAGUCAUGGCACAACAUUUUUUUAUUAAAAAAAAAAACGUCCAAGCACCAUAGAACAUUCAAAAU